AUGGAUUUCUUGGAACUUAAGAUACAUCAACGCAUUCUUUCCGACAUCGCGUCAAUUGACCAGAAGUCCGAUGAAGACAUCAACCAUGCGCAACACUUGAUUGCGUCCAAAGUUCGGACUCGGGCCACCAGGCAGGAUAUAGAAGCAGGAGCUGAAGAUGGCCCUAAGUUACAGCAGGAGUCGACGCGUGUUUACAUGCCGGCAUCGCGGGUUCACUGCAAUAUCGCAUUCGGAGAACUUGUGGCGAACUUUCCCGAUGACUACAUACGCGAGAAUAUUGGAACCCUCAUCCCAGCUCUCGUUGAAAUCCUAGGGGACGUCCCGUUCAUUGACUUCGACAAAUGCCUCUCUUGGGAUGACUGGGCGCUGCCAGACCAACUAGUCUAUGCCAUAGUUUCUGCCUUGCUGACUCUCUCUAAUUCGUACCCCGACUAUCGCGGAGAGGUGACCAUCGCAAUAUGUAACUUCCUCGCCGGGAUUGCUCGUGGUAUCGAAUCUUCUAGCCCCGUCGACAUCCUUACUCACCUCGCCCCUGCUUUACACGGUCUAUACCGUGCUAUCAGUUCCACGCCUUUCCCUUGGUCCCUUUCCCAAUGGCAACAAACUACCAAGUGUCUCAAUGAGCUCCGCGGGCCCUCCAUUGUCGACAAGUUGAACCAUAUACCCACAGGCAUUCUGCGGGAUGAGGACGCCCACUCCGACGAGCUGCAAUUCAUCCAGACUUUCAUUUCUCGAUAUAUAUCUAACGGACGUCCCCUAAGCGGAUUCUUCGUGGUGUGUUGUGUCAUCGAGAUGCAAUGGACUAUCUUAGCUCAGGCCCUCGCCCCUCCUCGCACUACUGACCUCAAGAAGGUGUCAGAGGCUGCAGCCGCCAAUAGGGCUUGGUCUACCCUAAUGCACGACGCGGCUCUCCAGAUUGACGUUACACAAGAGGAUGCGACUGAAACCCUGAGAGCAACCAUCGCGUAUGCAAUGCAGUGUUUCGCAGAUUUACUUGUCCAGAUUGAAGAGAUGGAGGCGGAGCCUUCAAUGGAUACGUACGCCUGGGAGACCAUGUCGGAGAGUAUUAAACUAGCGACGAUCUGUUCCGUAGCUCUUCAAGAGUUCGACGACAAACUACUCUCCCGAUUGCUCCUACUAUUGAGUGCUGAGUCUCCCAUAUCUGAUAAUCUCGUCCAAGAGGCCGCCUUGAAGGCCACUACUGUUGCAGUUCAGAAUUUCCCGGAAAUAGCACCUCGGAUGGCAAGCCAAUUGCGAAGAUUUGUGACUUCACCUCUGGCGAUCUUCGAAUUCAAGUUCGCUUCCGAGACGCGUGCUCCUCCACCGUUAGCUGCGGCUGCCAAAUGCAUGGCGCUUUGUAUAAAGCUCGCGCCAGGCGAUGACAUUAUCAUGUCGACGAUGUAUUCACUGUUGAACUAUAUUGCCGCCACGAGCAAAGACUUGGCGGGAAGUUCGACUUCAUCGCAUAUACUGAAUCCAUCUCUUCAAGCCCUGCAAGAGUCUAACGCACAUUCCGCUGAAGUCGGCCUCAGUACCCUGACGGAAGAUGAGAAGCGACUGGUAGGGAUAAGCACCAUCUCCGUCGUCACUCGGCUUGCGCUUGAAUUUGAUAUCGAGGAGGUCACUCGCCUGACCAUAUCUAUGUUGCUGCAACGUAUUCGCUCCGCGGAGCCUACAGUUGAAGCCGCCAUCGCAUACAACUUAGUCGACCUAGCUCUCGCAGCCCCUGAAAGCUCCUUUCUUGACAUUAUUCGUGCCCUGUCCUCAAUCAAUAGAUCCGCCAACCCGGAUGAUCCUAGAUUCUCCAACAAUAUGGUCCUCGCCGCUCAAACCCGCCUUGCAAACGAGUUAUAUCGUCGACCUAAACUCUACGAAACGUACCUUACCGAACUACUGACAUUGUUUGCGGACAAGGGUGUUGCAAUUCAGAACCUUGUGACCUCUAAUCCACAUAUUAAGACAGAGGACAUGAUUGAACAACUGGCGUCCCUGCUCCUCCCCAUUAAUGCACUUCUGGCCCACGAUGAUUUCGAGCCGCACAUAGACGCUUCACCUAGCCUCGUUUCUUUGUUCCGCAAUAUGUGGUUCCUAUGCGUACUGUUCAACUUGACGUGGCUAGAACGCGAUGUCACUGCCAUGGACUGGCAGAAGACUACGCUGUCUCGAAUUGCCGCCAAGACACCAAACGUUGUGCUCGAAGAGUCGAGCGAUGCAGCUGCCAGCGACCUGGAGUAUAAUUCUGUGUUGCGGCAAGACUACGUUAAUACAGUCGUGUCUAAGCAUCGAGCUUCACUCACGAAACACAUAUCUCUGCGAUCAAGUGACGUCCGUUAUCUUUCCUCUGGACAAAUUAUCUUCCUGCUGGCCAUGCAUGACAUUCAAUACAUGCGUUCCUCCGUUGGCCUGACUUCAUCCCUUGCUACCUACUUUGUCAAUGACAGCCUCAAUAGUAACGCUGGGCUGAGCGGCUGUAUGGAGUCUAUUGCUGAAAAGGUGAUCCGUGAAAGUAUCUCGGAGCUGAGCCGCUUGGCCUCAGAACAAGUUCUUCCACCUUGCCUCGCCGCCGAACUCCAAACACUCCUGAUUUUCAGUACCCACCGUAUUGCGAAGGCCCGCGACGUCGCGUCCAAAUACCUCAACAGGCUUAUGACAGCGUUCCCCUCCUUGAUGUGUGAUCCACCUCUGGUCUUUGCCAUCCUUGAAGUCUUGACUUUGUUACGUCGGGCGUGCGAGAAUGAAUUUGUGGACGAGUUCAACCCGGUCUUCGAAUACCGCUCAGAUCGAAGCGACAUCACUUUACAGCUGAGCGACGAUUAUCAAGUGCGAAACGACAUCCUAGCCCAUUUGCACCGCAAUGCUACUACUUGGUUCGACUUCGCCUUAGCCCGAGCACCUAUUGAAUUGCAAUCCACACUUCAGAAAUAUCUUGCAGUUGGGCAACCCUCUGGCACUGAUUCAGCCGAACUUGGCGCUACGAUGGCCGAGAAGUUUGGGAAGGCGAUUGGACCUAUUCAACGGCAACUAGCAUCGUUGUCGAACUACGUCAAGCUGAAGACCGAUCGUUCGAAGGCCCUCGCAAGUCAGAUAGCUAGCAAGGGGUAUUUCGCAGGAGAAGCAGCCGGCAUCCGAUUAGCAAGUCGAAAAGGUACCGACAAGCUCGAGAAGUUGCCUCCUCAGUCCGCUCCAUCGUCCGAGAUACAGGCACUGAAAUCCAAGAUGGCCAACACUCUGGGCGAGAUACGUAGCAAGAAAAGCUCGCUGACCGUGCAAGACCUCAAGCGCUUGCUGUUCCGUUGUGCUGCGACCUUGAUCUCCCUACAGAAGUGCGAACACGAUCUCCUCCAUUACUUAGUUGCGCUACCGUUCGAGAUCUCUACCCCAUCCGCUAUCACAUCCGGCAUAGAAGUCUGGUCUUGGGUGAUUGUCGAAAAACCUGAGUUAGAAGUAACCGUCAUGAUGGAAUUGCUUUCAGCAUGGACGAACUCAAUCCGGGUUGAGAAGGGCAUCUUUUCCCGGUCCAUAAAUUACGAUGACCCUUUCUACCAUUCUAUAGACUAUAGCCCCACCGACAAGGACGUCAUCGACCGUGGCAUGGCCCAUGCGAUUCGCCUACUAGCACCUCAUCACAUGGUUUUGAAGAUGCUCUUCAGUCGAUUGCAGGCUGCGAAGUAUCGUAGACCAUCUGUCAUGUAUAUCUUUCAGACGCUGGUUCUUCGGUCUGCUCGGUCAUGCAAAUAUAUGAGCACACAUGCGCUAGCCAGGGACCCUAGAUUUUCUUUUCUGCUUUUUGGCUUUGAGACGCUGAGGAACUCCCACUUGGACCUGUACUGCGAGAGCGUCCUUCGCGAGAGCCUGUACAGUACAGCAUACUCAUGGUUCGCUGUCCGUUCCCAGUGGACAUAUGGCGCUAAUCGAGUGCAAGUGGACUCUGACAUGAAGAUUCUUACAGAAUUCUUGUCAUGUCUUCAUGCGGACGCUGUUCGCGGAAACACCUCAAUCUCGAGUCUGUCCGUAGCCCAGGCUAUGCCAAGUCCUCGCCGCUUCGCGGCGCGUUUGAAGGACAUAAGCAUACCGUUACGGACGCUCGUUGAAAACGAGAUAUUUCGCCUCGCAGUAUGGAUCAACCCCGCCAAUGAUCCAAAGCGUGGCACAGAUCCCAUGUCGACUCCAGAACGUAGUCUAGCGGAGCAAUGGCCCAAUAUGAUUCGCACAAUGUGGCAGAUAGAUCCGGCCCUUGUGGUCCACUUACCAGACCGGUUUAAAUCUCCACUUGUUCGUCAAGAAGUCGUGAAGAUGAUUCGAUCCAGCCCGUUGGACGUUCUCGAUACACCCGAAGCACUCCUCUUCCUUGUCGGCGAGCGCUUGGAAGUUGGGAUCCAAAGAGACUUCAAGCACCUCUUACUGUGGGCACCAGUCCCGCCAAUCAUUGCCAACGCCUUGUUCGAGAAGCGUUACAACAACGAACCGUGUAUCCUACAAUAUGCACACCGCGUGUUAGAACAGCAUCCAGUCGACCUUACUUUCUUCUUUGUCCCUCAAGUGGUGCAAGCCUUACGCUAUGAUGAUCUUGGUUACGUAGCCCGCUUCAUAUUCGAGACCGCCAAGAUCUCACAACUCUUCUGCCACCAAAUCAUAUGGAACAUGAACGCCAAUUGCUAUAAGGACGAUUCCGCAGAGAUUGAAGAUUCACUGAAGCCAGCUUUGGACAAGAUGACGGCACUGGUCGUUAAGUCACUCUCUGGGGAUGCUCGAGAAUUCUACGACAAAGAGUUCACGUUCUUCCAUGAGGUCACUUCUAUCUCAGGCAAACUCAAGCCCUUCAUCAAGAAGACAAAGCCAGAGAAGAAGGCAAAGAUAGACGAAGAGAUGGCUAAGAUCAACGUCGAAGUCGGCGUCUAUUUGCCGAGUAAUCCAGACGGCAAGGUAGUGGACAUCGACAAGAAGUCAGGCCGGCCCCUUCAGAGUCAUGCAAAGGCUCCAUUCAUGGCCACCUUCAAAGUACAGAAGGAACGAAUUACAAUUGACUCAGACCCAGACUCAGUGCUAGACGGCGACGGUGGUGUUGAGACACGCACGACGUGCGAGGUUUGGCAGCAAGCUAUCUUCAAGGUUGGCGAUGACUGCCGUCAAGAUGUGCUGGCGUUGCAAGUCAUUGCGAUGUUCAAGAACAUCUAUACCAGCAUAGGGCUGACACUUUAUCUAUUCCCAUAUCGUGUCACUGCCACUGCCCCUGGUUGUGGUGUCAUUGACGUCGUUCCAAACGCUACUUCGCGCGACGAGAUGGGACGCGCCAAGGUCAACGACUUGCUUGACUUCUUCAUAGCCAAAUACGGCGGCCAGGAUACUUUAGCGUUCCAACAAGCGCGGCUUAAAUUCAUACAGUCGAUGGCAGCGUAUUCCGUUGCUUGCUACAUCCUUCAGAUAAAGGAUAGACAUAACGGCAACAUCAUGAUUGACGGAGAAGGUCAUAUAGUCCACGUCGACUUCGGCUUCCUUUUCGAUAUAGAUGAGUGCUUAUAUCUAAUCGGUGUAAAAUUUGAACCACACUCUUUCAAGCUCAACCAUGAGAUGGUAAUCCUUAUGGGAGGGCGGUACUCACAAGGGUAUCAGCUCUUCCAACAGCUCACAAUCAAAGCCUUCCUUGCACUACGGCCGCACGCUGAGCAAAUAAUCGGCACAGUUCGCCUGAUGCUUGAUACUGGGCUUCCUUCCUUUAAGGGGGAAGGGACCAUCAAGCGGCUGCGGGAAAGGUUUGUCCUCCAAUACAAUGAGAGGCAGGCUGCGGAAUGGAUGUUGAGCGUGGUACGGAAUGCGCACGAGAAUAUACGAAGCACAGCAUACGAUGAAUUUCAGAGGUUACAAAAUGGUCUACGCAAGAUUCUCAUUGUCAGCAUGAACUUCGAUCUCGACGAUCUGAUAUGGAAAGCCAUGGGCAGUCUCGUUCGCUCACUGUUGAUGACCGCCUCGACGUGGAUUUAUCGCUACCCGAAUUACUGCUUUACGGCUAUCGCCUUCGUGGCCAUCAUGUUGGGAUUCAACUUCAGCUUCAACCUUAAGGACGACGAAGACGAGGCGGUGACAGCAAAAGAACGCACGGACGCACGAGACGCACUCCAUGCGCUUCAAAAUGUGGUUGUGCCCACAUCGGGGACCUGGCCCUCAGCCUACGGCGCGUCUCUGAUAUCUGUCACGACAGAGAAGUCCCCGUGUCGAUCGAAGGAUCCAAGGCGACUCCAGGAGGCAGAGCCUGCGAGUACCAGGGAGCUCAAGACCAUCAAACUGCCGCUGUUCCAGCUUGUACAAGAUAUAAUCGCUGGACGAAUGGAACUUAGGACGCCUGCUGAUAUGGACGACUUCCUCUCGAAUACACUUAAGGUAUACGAUUGGCAUGUUCUUCUGGAGGUCGAGAGCACACGUCUACCACGUCUUGUAACCUGGUUAGCUAAGUCACAAUACGGUGGUUUGAAGCCCCAGGACAUCAUUGAACACAGAGGUAAUCGCACCGAAUGCGCCGUCAGCCUCGAUAUCGCUCCCUUCUCUGAAAUUUCGAAGAUCUUUCGACUCAUGGACAAUACACUCCAGCAUGGAACACAAGCUUCAAUCUACUUCUCGUCCAUAGCCCCGGAUCUGGCAUUUCUCGGGCCCGAAUACACCAUAUGUGCGGUAUCCUUUUUUAUGAGGCAACAAACCUUCGCAAGACCCAUUCUCUCCAAGGAAAGAUCGCGGUAUAAAGCUCAAGCUCAAGCUCACGGUGCAUAUACGCACGACGACGAUCCUCCUACACGAGCGUAUACCUCAACGCCUCUUCUUCUAAAUCUAGCCAAGGUAACCGGACUACUGGCGACCCACGCUCCGGGCCUGCACAUCGACUACAUUCAAGACGUAUCUCUGGAAACCAGGUUGUCUCUGGUGCACGAGGAGAAACAGUUAGCGGAGGACUCCAAGACCAGGAAGACAUACGUGCGAAGAUACAAUAUACGCGCAUAUCUCGAAGAACGUUUCAUGCUGGCUUGGGAGGCCGGGUUAUUAGGAAACGGUAACCUGCAGCGGUGGAAGGUCAGGGUGUCCAAGCGAUGA